AUGCAGAUCAAGCUUGCUCUUUUAUUGCUCUCUCUCUUAUUUGCUCUCCACUUCAUCCGGACAAUCUACCGACAGAUUGCAUCACCUCAGAGGUCGAUACCUGGACCGUUCUUUGCACGGUUCGGGCGCUUUUGGUACUUCUGGCGCGUACAACGAGGAACUUUUCACCAUGAUAAUAUCGCCUUACAUGCCAAGUAUGGACCUAUUGUGAGGGUUGCUGAGAAUAUGUACUCGAUCGAUGUUCCGGAUAAGAAUGUCUAUGGCAUCGGAUCAAAGUUUCCGAAGAGUGAUUGGUACGAAGGAUGGAAACAUCCUAGUCCCGAUCGCUUCACCGUCUUCCCAGACCGAGACAUGAAACGCCACGCAGAAACUCGGAAGAAAUUCCAGAAUUUGUACAGCAUGAGCUCGCUGGUGUCGUAUGAGAAGUAUGUCGACAAUUGUAUCGAUAUCUUUCUGCAGAGAAUGGGCUCGUUCAGUCGAUCUGGCGAGUUGAUCGAUCUGGCGCAUUGGUUUCAGUGUUAUGCGUUCGACGUCAUGGGUGAAAUUACCUACUCUGAGCGCUUCGGAUUUCUCGACCAUGGAAAAGAUAUUGGUGGGAUUUUGGUAGCGCUGGAUAAUUCCAUGAUAUACUCGACCCUCGCCGGCAUCUACUCAUGGGCGCACCCAUAUCUGUACGCUAUCAUGGAGAAGAUACCAGGCUCAGGAGCCGUUGGCCGGAACUUUCUCAUGAAAUUUGUCCAACAGAAGAUUGCGGAGCGGAAUCAGAGCCGAGAGAACACGAAAGGGUCGGUCGAAAAGCUUCAAGAUCAAAACGCGCCUCGUGACUUCCUUACCAAGCUCAGCGAUGCGCAUGAACGGGACCCGGAAAAGGUAACAGGGUAUCACAUCUUCAUGAUGGGUUUGUCCAACAUCAUUGCCGGAAGCGAUACAACCGCAGUGUCUUUAUCGAGCGUGCUGUACCACCUGGCGAGAAAUCCUGCGAGCCUGACAAGGCUUCGCCGUGAGCUUAAAGAGCUCCAGCAGUCAAGGGAGGUAGACCAGUCUACGGCUGGAAAUAAGGAAGUUGGCUUUAUUUCGUUCAAAGAGGCCCAAGCACUUCCCUAUCUCCAAGCAGUGAUCAAGGAAGCUCUGCGGCUGCACCCUGCCACAGGUCUGCCUCUGUGGCGCGUCGUCCCUGAAGGAGGAGCAUUGAUCGCCGGGAACCACCUUCCGGCGGGCGCUAUCGUAGGUAUCAACAGCUGGGUGGCUCAUUACAACCCAGCCAUCUUUGGACCUGACGCGCACACAUUUCGACCUGAGAGAUGGCUGGAGUCCCAGACCACGAAGAACGGUGAGGAGCAACUGCGGAAUAUGGAGGCGAACUAUCUGCCAUUCGGCCUGGGCUCAAGGACGUGCCUGGGGCGGCAUGUCUCGAUCCUUGAGAUGUGCAAACUCGUCCCUGAGAUGGUGACAAGGUUUGAUUUGGAGAUAGAGGUUGGUGGGGAGGAAUGGAAGACGAUGAAUUAUUGGUUUGUAAAGCCAGUUGAUUUCCACGUUCGAGUGAGGGCACGAGUGAACGAUGACACCAAGGAACAUAUGUGA